GUGAACAAGAAUUUUGCAAUUGAUUUGAUAGCAGAGCAACCUGUGAGUGAAGUUGAAAGCAGAGUGAUAUCGUGUGAUGGUGGUGGUGGAGCUUUGGGACAUCCUAAAGUAUACAUAAACUUGGACAAAGAUACAAAGACCGGAACAUGUGGCUACUGUGGACUUCAGUUUAAACAGAAACAUCACUGA